AACAAGAUGAAUUCCACCGUUUCAUUUCAAAGGAUUGAAAUUAACCCUCCAAGAAGUACACAGUUUUUAUUUUGGCAAGUAGACAAACGUUCUUGGGCACAAUUUCUUCGGUUACUAAACCAGAACGAACCAUUACCACCUGACGGUCCGUUCUGGUUUAUACGCCCACCAACAGAUUUGACAGUUUAUAGAAACGUGUUUGACCCUCAAAAUGUCAUGUGUCAUGCAAGUUUUAGUUCAAGCAACAAUAGUUUUCUUUGUAUCGGUAAGGACUUUUAUGACCUUACCUCUAAAUUCUACGAACCACCUAGUAACAGUUUCUCUGACUUUCAAGUUUGGUUCACAACAAACGGUGUGCAGCAUAUUAUACCAUUGUACUAUGACUUUUAUCUCGAAUUGUCUUUCAUAUAUAACUACGGAAAAGUGCUGAAAAAGUAUUGA